CGGUGGAGACAGAGCGACGAGAUGCUUCAUUAGACCAGGGAAACCAAACUGUUGGUAUUUAUCUUUAUUUAUAAAUCAUUAUAGGCUACUAUUUAUAUUAUACUUAUAAUAUUAUAAUUAUACAGUUUAAUACCGGAGGAGGAGGCGGCUCAGUCUCAGCCUGGAGGAGCGCGGCGGCGGCGGCGGCGCGCGUCAUGGUGGCCGGAGAGCUCGUGCAGGAACACCUGCGCGCAGGUCCCCGCGCACCUGGUGACGUCACGGUCUGCGGGGAGAAGAGCCCCGCACCGGAGAGAGGAGGGGAGGACGAGCAGGACACGCAGCAGGACGCGCCCACGGAGCCGGAGGCGGAUGAGAGGGACGUGAUGCUGCCGAGCGGAGGAGAGGAUGGAGGAGGAGGAGGUGGAGGUUCUCCCCCCCCGGAGGACCGGGGCCGGCCCCAGACGCGCCUGUACCGGCGGCGGUUCGCGGUGCUGGCCGUGUUCAGCCUGUACUCCAUGGUGAACGCCUUCCAGUGGAUCCACUACAGCAUCAUCACCAACGUGUUCACGGGCUUCUACGGCGUGUCCAGCGACCGCGUGGACUGGCUGUCCAUCGUGUACAUGGCGGCCUACGUGCCGCUCAUCCUGCCGGCCACCUGGCUGCUGGACCGGCGGGGGCUGCGGCUCACGGCCCUGCUGGGCGCCGGCCUCAACUGCGCGGGCGCGUGGCUCAAGUGCGCCAGCGCGCGGCCCGAGCGCUUCGGCGUGACCGUGGCGGCGCAGGUCGUGUGCUCCGUGGCGCAGGUCUUCAUCCUCGGCCUGCCGUCGCGCGUGGCGUCCGUGUGGUUCGGCCCGCGGGAGGUUUCCACGGCGUGUGCCACGGCGGUGCUGGGGAACCAGUUGGGGACGGCCAUCGGCUUCCUGCUUCCUCCAGUUCUGGUUCCCAACACGCCGGACGACCUCGAGCUGAUGGGCCACAACAUCAGCGUCAUGUUCUACGGCACGGCGGCCGUGUCCACGCUGCUCUUCGUCCUCGCCGUCAUAGUGAUCAGGGAUCAACCCCCUCUACCCCCCAGCCAGGCCCAGGCGGUCCUACCGGGCUCCUCGUUGGAGGACUGCUCCUACAAACAGUCCAUCAUCAACCUGGUGAAGAACAAGGCCUUCAUCCUGCUGCUCGUCAGCUACGGAAUCCUGACCGGAUCCUUCUACUCCGUCUCCACGCUCCUCAACCAGAUGAUCAUGGCCUGCUACGAGAACCAGGAGCUGAACGCCGGGAGGAUCGGUUUGACCCUCGUCGUGGCGGGGAUGGUCGGCUCCAUCCUGUGUGGUCUGUGGCUGGACCGGACCAAGACGUACAAGAUGACGACGCUGAUCGUCUACGGUUUGUCCUUCCUGGGCAUGGUGGUCUUCACCUUCACCUUGAACCUCCACAACAUCUACCUGGUGUUCGUCACGGCGGGAGUCCUGGGGUUCUUCAUGACCGGCUACCUGCCUCUGGGCUUCGAGUUCGGAGUAGAGAUCACCUACCCAGAGCCCGAGGGAACGUCGUCAGGACUCCUCAACGCCUUCGCUCAGAUCUUCGGGAUCAUCUUCACCCUCAUCCAAGGGAGACUGACCACCGACUUUGAACCACUGGCUGGAAAUCUGUUCCUGUGCGCCUGGAUCCUCCUGGGAGUCCUCCUCACUGCCUUAAUUAAGUCAGAACUGAAAAGACACAAUGUCAACAAGGAAGCAGACGGAAACAACCUGCAAGCGCUUUCCUCUGAGUGUCCCGAAGACUUCCUUUCGGAAAAUAAAAGUAACGGCGUCAAGCUGGAGCCGUCGCUCAGCUUCUCCCACGAGACCUCGCUGUGAUCCGCCAAAAACCACCGAACCCAACAGACAACCGAGGAGCUGCCCUGUUAAAAAACAGCUGAGCGGAGCGCCUGACGGUGCACAUGAUCUCUGCUGCCAAGUGCAAUCUCCUCGACAACCGGGAAGCCCGGGACUCUGGGAACGAGCCAGGCCUAAUCAAGCACAGCCACAUAUCACAGAGGAUUUACGUCAGGUGACUUUCUGUCUGCCAUCGUCUCUUUGGGGCCCCUAAUUCCUGCGUGGUGGAAGAGUUCCCUGUUGUCCUCAGAACUCUGGAUUUCCACCAGGAAACACCACUGUGGACUGCUUUGUUCACUUUAUUUUUUAUGUAUGUGAAUGCAUCUUUAAAGCAAAAAAAAAAACAUCAACUGGUAAAACAAGCAUGUGGAGCCGGGAUGGUUUCCAGUAAGUGUGGCGCUGAUCGCAGGAGUUUUUAUCGGGCGUUUACUUGAAUUCUUCUCAGAAGCCGUCAACUGCAGCAGAGAAAACUGUAAAUGUUUCAACGAGCAGUUUCGGUUCAUUUUGCACAGUUUAACCGAGGGGGACGUUUCAGACUCGAAGACAACAGUAUACAGGACAGGAAAUCCAUGUAAUUUUCAUUUCCCAUGUGGUUAUUUUGUGCUUGUUUUCGACACAGGUUUACAAAUGAAAUACUUUAAAGCCACGUUAUGUAAGAAAACAGCUUCACAGGUCCUGUAGUACCACGUAGUUCCACUAGAGGUGCACUUCACCGCGUCUCAGAGGCUGACAUGUGAACUUUCCUCGGGUACACUGCCCCCAUGUGGUCAGAGGUGGUAUUGCCACUUCAAGUAAUUUCCGAAGAAAGAAUCUGCCAUCAAUCGUAGGGCUGGGCGAUAUGGACCAAAAGUCAUAUCUCGAUAUUUUCUAGCUGAAUGUUGAUACUCGAUAUAUAUCGAUAUUUUUUCUGUGACAUAAUUGGGGUUUCCCCCAAAGCAUUAUAGCAUAGCAUCUCUGUUAGCUUCAUUUUUUUCUGAGGCAAACCCUUAAAAAACAGUUUUAAUACAAAACCUUGUGCCAAAUGUCACACAGGUUCCUUUAUUAACAGAGGUCUGCACAAUAUCAAAAUGUAUAAAACAAAUGAAAUAAAAAUAAACUGCCUGCAUAUAUAGAAUAAAAAUGCUUCUUGAAUAAAAUAAAACAAAUAUCCCUUUCCUGCAUAACAAUUAAAUUAAAAUACACUGUGCAAUUAAUACAAUGUAGACAGUAACAGGCAGACUUUUCCACUGAGGUUGACAGUUGUGCAAAUAACAAAACAUUUGUGCAAAUCUCAAAUAAAACAUUCAAGUCAAUUUGUCACAAAAUAAGCUACAUCAAAAUCAUAUUUUUUUUUUUUUUUUUUUUAAUAAUCGAUAUAAACGUCUCAUGCCAUAUCGCGUUUGAAAAUAUAUCGAUAUAUAUUAAAUAUAUAUAUAUAUCGCCCAGCCCUUAUCAAUCGUCUUCCAGAGAUGUACUUUUUCAAGAAUUUUUGAAUCUCCCCCUCUGUUUUUUUAAAGCGCCACAGAGAGGACAGGAUAUAGAGGAAUGUUGAGGCUUUUUUAAAGCCGUUUGUUUCCCAGUUAGGUCUGAAACACUACAAUCAGUUAGUCAGAGUUCACAAGGUGAUACAAUUUCUGGAGGUCCUAAUGACACGUUUGUCACGUGUUUUUCAGAUGUAUUACGACAGCUUUUUUCUCCAUCAUAAAUUUAUAUCUCUGCUCAUGAAAGUCCGUUUCGGAGCGUGGAGUCAGCCGUUAAACUCCCCUCCACCCUUCUCCUCUGCAGAGCGUUGCCAUGUUUGAAAUAAGUCCUAAAGGACAACAACAGGGCUGCAGGUUUUGAUUGGGCAGUCGCCUCAGACUUGGGAGAAACUAUCCGGUUUUCAGCGCUGACGAUGGUGCAGAAGUACUGUAGGUAUAAGUGCAGUAUACUGAACUACCACUAGGGGCGACCUCAAAAAGUGUGGUAAAUCCAGAAUGUUUUAUUCAUUUUUGUCUUAAUUAUUUUAUUUUUUUGAGGCACAGCUGCCUUCCAGGCGUGAGCUGUCACUUUAGCUGACUAGCACUUAGCUCGUCUGAGCUAAGCUUCUGACUUAAAGAAGGACUUUUAUUUUAGCGGUACUCGGUUGUGCUGUUAAUUACGAGUAUUAGGGCCAUGCAGGAGAACAAAUAUUUGAGAGGGGAAGAUUUUUUUUUAUUGUGCAUUUCGAGAAAAAAGUUGAAAUGUCGAGAAAAAAGUCAAAAUGUCGAGAUUAAUGUUGAAAUACAAUUUCAAGAAUUUCCAUUUAUUUCCAUUUAAUUAUUUAUUCAAACAGGUUAAAACAAAAACAAAAUAAUCAGAAUACAUAAAAUGUAUAUACCGAAAAAAAAACAAAGAAAACCAUAAGCAAAACAAAGCAAAUUAAAGAGACAAAUCUAUAUGUAAAUAAAUAUUUCCUGUUUGAAAGGGUGCAGGAUGAAGUUUCAAAAAACCUUUCUAGUCCUACCCCUUCUAAUGUUCUGUUUUUACAAUGUAUUCAUUUCACAGAAUGAAGU